GAUGAGAGGGACAAGUGGGUUGAAAUGAAUGACGCUGUGCCGCCAGCGAGAUAGGGCUGAGGUCAUAUUAGCACCUUCUAAAGCCCCCUCCCUCUUGAUAAAAGCCAGACGCAAUAUUCUUCGCGCAAGGGCUGAGAGAGACACUUAACAGCUAAUCUCCCUCCGGGAUUGCUCUCCCAUAGUGUGCCCACGCGAUACCGCGCUGGGAGGAGGCAGAGGGUAGGUGGAUCUUGGGCAUGCACCUUCUGCUCCUCCGCUGAGCUGGUUUCUGUCAACCACUCACCUGGGACUUUUAUUUGGUCACGGCUCUUGGUGUUCCCAGCUCUGCGGCCGCGCAGCUGAGCCCACGUGCGCCGAGGGACCGGCACCGGUAAGGGGAGCAGAGAAUGGUCCCCUGAGCCCCCAGCGGGUCUGGGGCACUCAAAAGCGCACGGAAGCGCAGAGAACGGAGCUCGCAGCGUCGGGCACAGGGCGCGCUGAGAGCGGGGCGCGCAGAGCCAGGCACAGGAGUGGGGCGCGCAGAGCCGAGCAAAGGGCGCACUGAGAGCGGGGCGCGCAGAGCCGAGCACAGGGCACGCCGAGAGCGGGGCGCGCACAGCCAGGCACAGGGCGCAUUGAGAGCGGGGCGCGCAGAGCCGGGCACAGGGCGCACUGAGAGCGGGGCGCACAGAGCCAGGCACAGGAGUGGGGCGCACUGAGAGCGGGGCGCGCAGAGUCGGGCACAGGGCGCACUGAGAGCGGGGCGCGCAGAGCCGGGCACAGGGCGCACUGAGAGCGGGGCGCACACAGCCAGGCACAGGAGUUGGGCGGCGCAGAGCCGAGCAAAGGGCGCACUGAGAGCGGGGCGCGCAGAGUCGGGCACAGGGCGCACUGAGAGCGGGACGCGCAGCGCCGGGCACAGGGCGCGCAGAUCGAGAAUCGCUGGCUGCCGGCCAUAGCCCAGAGUAGCGACCCCCGGAGCGGCCCUCGCCUCCAGAGUUAAACACACCCCCUCCGCUGCGAGCGCCCGUGCGGCUCGGGCCAUGAGCAUCGGGCACUUCACCGUGUGGGACUAUGUGGUGUUCGGGGCCAUGCUGCUCGUCUCCGCGGUCAUCGGCGUGUACUACGCCUUCGCGGGCGGCGGCCAGCAGACCUCCAAGGACUUCCUGAUGGGCGGCCGCAGCAUGAGCGCCCUGCCCGUGGCGCUGUCCCUCACCGCCAGCUUCAUGUCGGCGGUUACCGUGCUGGGCACCCCGGCGGAGAUCUACCGCUUCGGGGCCAUAUUCUGCAUCUUCGCCAUCACCUACUUCCUGGUGGUGCUCAUCAGCGCCGAGGUCUUCCUGCCAGUCUUCUACAGGCUGGGGAUCACCAGCACCUACGAGUAUUUGGAGCUUCGAUUUAAUAAAUAUCUGCGUCUUUGUGGGACAAUCCUCUUCAUUAUACAAACGAUUUUAUACACUGGAAUUGUUAUUUAUGCUCCAGCUCUGGCACUGAACCAAGUCACAGGAUUUGACUUGUGGGGUGCAGUGAUCGCAACUGGAAUAGUCUGUACAUUCUAUUGCACACUGGGUGGUCUAAAGGCAGUAGUCUGGACAGAUGUUUUCCAGGUUGGAAUCAUGAUAGCUGGAUUUUCGUCUGUAAUUAUACGUGCUGUGGUGGUUCAAGAGGGAAUCGGCCGCAUUCUAAACGAUUCCUACCAUGGAGGAAGAUUAAACUUCUGGGACUUUAAUCCCAACCCGUUGCAAAGACAUACUUUCUGGACAAUUCUCAUAGGUGGGACCUUCACCUGGACUGGCAUAUACGGGGUCAACCAAUCUCAAGUUCAGAGAUACAUUGCCUGCAAAACCAGGUUCCAAGCAAAAUUAUCUCUCUAUAUCAACCUCUUGGGACUCUGGGCGAUUCUUGUCUGUGCAAUGUUUUGUGGACUAGCAAUGUACUCCAUAUACCAAGAUUGUGACCCAUGGACAGCAAAGCGUGUGUCAGCACCAGACCAGCUCAUGCCAUAUCUGGUAUUGGAUAUUCUACAAGAUUUUCCAGGGGUACCAGGGCUUUUUGUGGCUAGCGCCUACAGUGGGACAUUAAGCACAGUGUCCUCCAGCAUCAAUGCUUUAGCGGCUGUAACUGUUGAGGAUCUCAUUAAACCUUACUUCCGCUCCCUCUCCGAAAAGAAACUCUCUUGGAUUUCCAAGGGGAUGAGUCUUUUUUAUGGAGGAGUGUGUAUUGCCAUGGCUGCUGUGGCGUCCCUUCUGGGCGGUUUGUUACAGGCAGCUCUCAGUAUUUUUGGCAUGGUUGGUGGCCCUCUUCUAGGACUGUUUUCUUUGGGAAUCCUCUCCUCCUUCGCAAACCCCAUCGGUGCAUUUGUAGGGCUUACUGGGGGCUUUACUGUUUCACUCUGGGUUGGCAUUGGGGCUCAGAUUUACCCUCCGCUCCCUGAGAGAACUAUGUCAUUAAAUCUCACAACUAUCGGCUGUGACAUAGGCAGCCCAGGAACAGGAGGCAACUGGACUGCAACAACCGAAAUGCCAACUUUAACAGCCCUUGUACACCUGCAAGGCACUGAAAGACCUGUCCUGGCUGAUUAUUGGUAUUCCUUGUCGUAUCUGUACUUCAGCACACUUGGGACCCUGGUCACAAUAGCUUUGGGAAUGAUUGUCAGCCUCUUAACAGGAGGAAUAAAGCAGAACAUAGAUCGUAAAUUCUUGCUGACCAAGGAGGAUUUACUGUCCAGCUUCUCAUUUUCUAAACCCAAGACAAAUGAAAAAGUGGAAGUUUUGAACUGGAAACCUUUCACCAUGGCAGAUGAAGGAACCGACAAUCCUGUUUUCAACCACAUUGAAAUGAAUGUCACAGAAAAUAAAGAAAAAGUCAAUGGUGCCCAUGUAUGACUUAAGAGGACAGUGUAGAUGUUGUGUUAAAGACAUUGCCAGCAUUCCUGUGAAGAGUUAGUUACCCACCCUACCUGGGGUUAUGUGCAGUAAUCCCUACUAAAAUCCAUCACCACAUUGGAAUGACCUUGCCAUUAAGACUGAUUCCAAGAAAGGAAUCAGAGCAUAUUGGCCCAAAGAAAAGUGGGUAGUGGGUACUUCAUAACAUACAACUCUGCUUAUUUUGGGAGACCUUCCAAAAGGCAUGCAUCUGUGCCUGUGACAGAAGUGGACAUGAACUAAGAGCAAGCGAACUUUAAGCAUCCUCAAAUGUGGAGAAUGUUUUGUUUUACCUCCAAUGAUUAUACCCAGUGAGCACAACAAGAAACAAAUGAUAUUGGCUUGGUAUUUAUUUAUCAUGUGCACAGUUGUCUGGCCAAGUGCUGGCUUGGUAAACUGCUUUUCUCAAUCCACUGAAUGACACAUUCAGUUCUAAAAUAUCAAGAUGGAUCCUUCUCUCCCCAGAAUAAUUCCAAUGACUGCUGUGGAGCUGCUCCUAAUUUACACUGCUGAAAGAGAAAACAGAAUCAGGCCUCUGCCUCUUAUAGGGGAUCUUUAUAGGAUGGAUUAAAGCCGAUGUUUCUAUGUGAAAUUGUCAUUCAAUAUUGGUUUGGACUCCUAUAAAAAAAUAUUUACAUUCAA